AUGAGCGCGCUUCUCUUUUUUCUGCUUGCUUUUGUCGGCUCGGCGGAGCUCCGGAGCCACGUCCGCCUCCCUCCGCCGUCCUCCCCGGGGGAGGCGCACCUCGGCCGGGGCGAGGAUGCCGCGGCGGUCCCUCGGGGGCGGGUCCCCGGAGCGAGUCGAGACGAGGCUCCCCGGAGACUUGAAGACCCGAGCGGCUACUUCACGACCCCGCGGGUCAUCAGCGGCGCCGCCGGGCUCCGGGCGACCUCGUCCUCCCGCCCCGGGCCGCCGCGGCCGCUCUUCCCCGUCGCCGUCGACUCGUACUGGGCUUACGCGCUGCUGCUGCUGGGCCUGGCCCUCUUCUCGGUGGGCACGGUGGGCAACCUGGCGCUCAUGUGCACCGUGUGGCACAACGUGUACCUGCAGAGCGCCUGGAACUGCAUCCUGGCCGGCUUGGCCCUCCUGGACCUCCUGGUGCUCUUUUUCUGCCUGCCGGUGGUCGUCUUCCACGAGCUGACCUCGAGGCGCCCGCUGGGGGGAGCGUCCUGCCGCCUGGUGCCCUACCUGGAGGUGACGUCUCUGGGCGUGGCCACGUUCAGCCUUUGCGCUCUGAGCAUCGACCGCUUCCACGCCGCCACCAGCCCCGGCCGCGGCCGCGGCCCCGGCCCCUCGGUGGAGCCCUGCCGCUCCGUCCUGUCCAAGAUGGCCGUGGUGUGGCUGGGCUCGCUGACGCUGGCCGCCCCCGAGCUGCUGCUGUGGCGGCUGCGGCGGGAAUCCGUCGGGCCCGGGGGCUUUACCCCGGCGGGCCUCCGGGCGCGGGCCGACGCCCCGCCGGCGGCGGCGGACGUGUGCGUACGCGAGCCGUCCGAAGAACUGCCCGACGGCGUCUACUCGCUGGCGCUGACCUAUCGGGAGGCUCGGACCUGGUGGAUGUUCGGGUGCUACGUCUGCCUGCCGCUGCUCUUCACGCUGGCCUGCGAUCUGGUGACUCGACGGGUGUCGGCGCGGCAACCCGUCGAGGCGGCGAGCAGACGCUCCUCCUCCUCCGCCGCCUCUUGCGUGUCGUCGUCACCGACCAAGAAGAAUAAACGUCGCCGUCGCCAUGGCGAUCCGAGGCUCGGCUCGACGGUGAUGUGGCUGAGCGCCUUGUACGGGGCCUGCAACGUACCCGCCGGCGCGUGUAGCGUCGCGCUGGCGUACGGGGCGCCGGCGGCCACUCUGGCGGGACACUUCUUCCUGUUCGCUCGCUGCGCCGCCGCGCCCGUGCUGCUGCUGUGCUCGUGUCGCCCGCUGGGUCAGGCCUUUCGGGACUGCUGCUGCUGCUGCUGCGACGAGUGCCUAGCCGACGCGCCCGCGCCCUCGCCCGCCGCCGCCGCCGCGCCCUCCUCGCCCUCCCCGACGUCCCUGACCGCGUCCGCGCCCGACGACGCGUUGCGAGCCGUCGGGACGCCCUGCUGA